AUGAGCUCUACUGAGAACACCGAGCCCAAGGUCGAGGAGACCAAGCCUCUCACCUCUUCGUCGGUCUUCUCCAUGUUCGGCGGCGGCGCAAAGAAGGAGAAGAAGGAUGAAGAUGAGGACCGCGGCGAUGUUUCCGGUAGCGCCAAGGCCCAGCGUGAGGCCGCUGCUGCCGCGAAGGGUGACGAUGAAGAAGAAGCCCCCGAGUCGGAAGAUGUCCACUUCGAACCCAUCCACAAGCUCACCGAAAAGGUCAAGACCGUGACACAUGAGGAGUCUGAGGAAGAAAUAUUCAACAUGCGCUGCAAGAUGUUCAAGUUCACGCAGGAUGCUGAUGGGAAGGGCGAAUGGAAGGAGCGUGGCACCGGCCCUCUUCGUCUUCUGAAGCACAAGGAGAACGGCAAGAUUCGUCUAGUUAUGCGACGAGACAAGACCCUCAAGGUCUGCGCCAACCACUAUAUUACCCCCGACAUGACGAUCGCCCCCAUGUCGACCAGCGACCGCGCUUGGCUCUGGAACGUAGGCGCUGACGUUAGCGAGGGCGAACCUGAGGCCAUCACUGUCUCCGUCCGCGUAGCUAACGCCGAAAACGCUCAGCAGUUUAAGGAAGCCUGGCUCAAGGCUCAGAAGGACAACGAGGUCCUAUUCGGCGAGGCUAAGGCUGAGGAGACCAAGGGUGAGACCAAGACGGAGGAGAAGAAGGAGUCGUCUGCUGCCUCUUCGUAA